AUGAAUGUGGUUUUGGCCACACCACAUCCAAGGUGUGUCUACUUCAGCUUCUUCUCUGAAAGACUCAACAGACGUACUGAUGUGGUGUCAGUGACCCCGUGGUUGGCACCCAUCGUCUGGGAAGGCACCUUUGACCCUGUGCUAAUCGACAAGAUCUACAAGCCCAUGAACCUCACCAUAGCAACCACUGUGUUUGCCGUUGGAAAAUACGUCAGAUUUCUCCAAGAUUUUCUGGAGACAGCAGAGAAGCACUUCAUGGUCGGCUUCCACGUGCGCUACUAUAUUUUCACUGAUCGUCCCCACGAUGUUCCUUCAGUGAACCUGUCUCAGGGGAGACAUUUGAGUGUGAUCCAGGUCCCGGGUUCAAACCGUUGGCAGGAGAUAUCAGCCCGGAGGAUGGAGUUCAUCCAGACCACCAUCGAACGUCAGAUCAGAAGGGAGGCCGACUACAUCUUCUGUCUGGACGUAGACAGCAAGUUCCACGCUCACUGGGGGUCAGAGUCUCUUGGAAGGUUGGUUGCUGUGAUACACCCAGGCUACUACGAGCAGUCGCGUGACCGCUUCCCGUACGAACGGCGUCUAGCCUCGACUGCCUACAUCCCCAUGGAUGAGGGAGACUACUACUAUGGCGGGGCUAUAAUCGGAGGGUUCGUGGAGGAUGUGUACACACUAACAAAGGUAUGUCGGACCCGGUUUGAGGAGGAUGCGGGGAAUUCCAUCGAGGCUGCCUGGCAGGAGGAGAGCCACCUCAACAGGUACCUGCUCGACAAUAAGCCCAGCAAGGUGUUGUCUCCAGAGUACCUGUGGCAGGACAUCAAGGCAAAAAUCAAACAGGUCAAAGUCAUUCGCUUUUCAGCAGUCAUUAAAAACAAUGCUGAAGUUCGUCCCAAUGUAUAAAAAUAGGUGGUGGCUAUUAGACCGGCAGAAGAA